UGCUGGUUGCAACCUAAUUGGUGCCAUGGCGCAGACGCUCUCACGCAGUGACGCCAAAAACAAGAUCAACCGCGGUGCGUUUCACCGCAAGGUUGUUCUGGAAGUUGUGACGCAGUAUGGAGACUUGCUGUGCUAUGCACAGCCCAAGCAUCAAAGGGACAAAGAAGUGGUGUUGGCAGCCGUGGCCAGCAGCAGUUGGGCGGUGAAAUAUGUUGCAGAAGACCUGCUACAGGAUGACAACUUCGCACUGGAUAUGAUUCGCGCCAAUCCUAUGGCCCUCCGGAUGCUGCCGGAGCGCUGCCGCCAUGACCCCGACAUGGUCCUUGCUGCUGUGAGUGGGGAUGGGCGCUGCCUGUCUUUGAGUUCCCUGCAGCAAGAUGAGGACUUUGUGCGCGAGGCAGUUUGCUGCAGUGCCGAAGCUUUGCAAUUUGCUCCAGAGCCUCUGAAGGCAGAUUUUGACCUCGUCGUCUCCGCGGUUUCUGCGGAUGGCCGGGCCUUGCGCUUUGCCGCGCCUGAGCUCCGCAGCAAUCGGCAGGUGGCGCUGGCGGCGGUGGAGGGCUGCGCAGGAGCCAUGGCGCACGUAGGUGAAGAGCUGCGCGGCAAUCGUCAUUUUGUGUUGGAAGCUCUUCGCCUACAGGGAGCUGCUUUGGAGUAUUUGCCGGACUUUCAGGAUGAUGAGGAAGUUGUGCUUGAAGCGCUAGCAUCGAACAGCGGAGCUCUGCGCUUCUCGACCCUGAAGUCUCAGCGGAGCUUCGCCCUCCUUGCAGUAGAGACAGCAGGUAUGAGCCUUGAGCAUGUAUCUGCGGAACUUCUUGAAGAUAAGCAAGUGGUCCUUGCUGCAGUGACAUCCAAUGGCUUGGCAUUACAAUUUGCGAGUCAGACAUUGAAGGGUGAUGAGGAAGUGGUGUGGUGCGCCGUGAAUCAGGAGCAGUCAAUGGGAUUUCCAUGGAUUUCCCUAUGUUUGAAUUUCUUUUGGUGGACAUCAUUGAUUGAUGUUGAAAUACGCCUUCCAAGGGUUAAUUUUUUUUGUGCUCGAGCGCGAGACAUCACAGGAUGUGCUCAUUAG